UAAAAGAUUAAGAUUGACUCCAGUUCCGAGGAGGAAAUCUUCAUUUUACAAGUUCGUGGGAAAGACAGAUUCAACAUGCUAAAAAAAAUUAAUGACAGUUUGGAGCUAAUGGACAUGAUUCCUACUGCGGAUAAGGACAAAUACAGACAAAAACGUACUUUCAAGACCUUGAAAAAGUGUGAAAAGGGGCCUCAGCGUAUAAGCAGUUUGAAACGGCUUUUUCAGAAAGACGAGAAGACAGACACCGACUAAAAAUGCGCCAUUUGCUUUAUUGUUUUGUUUUUGUAUGAGUCAUUCCUUGCUUUUUGUUUUUCGGUUCAGCGUAUUCACUGCCUUUUUAAAAAAUUUGAAGAUGGGUGACAAAUUGAAGAAAUAAGCAACCUUUUGAACAGCUUGAACAAUGCAUGUUGGUCUUUUUAAAUAAACCGGAGCAUGGAAUUUUGUACUGUGGUAUUAAUUUGCAGUGAAUUCACUUAAGGGAAAAAAAACCCUUAAUCUUAACCUGGACCUUAAUGCCUUAAAGAAAUGCUCUCAACAGCUGCAGUUGUUUGUUUGUUUUGGGGUUUUUUUGACACCCAUGCUUCUAUAUGUACAGCUUUUUUAUUUCAAGUUUGUUCUCCAAUUUCUGUUUUAAUUUUAAUGCAUUUUGAUGUUAAAUGUUCAAUGUGUUUUUUUCUUUGUCUUCAAUCAAGUCAUUCCAGGUAUUUUUUUUAAUACAUGAUAAAACGUUUAUUUUGCUACCCUGAUGUUUAUAAAGUUUUUUUUUACUGAAACACUUUAUUGAUUAUUGUUAACAAUUUAUGCUGCGUUUAUGUCCACAUUCACAGCAGUUCAUGUUUGGUUCUUUUUAUAUUUUUGCUAAAUAAAAAUUGAAUAUCAAACAAAGCAAAUAAAAACAUUCUCUUUCUAAAAAGGAAGUUUGUUACUUUUGGCACCAGUACUUUGCCUAAAUGCAAAUAAUAUUAUCUAUGAUAAUGAUUUCCUUGUGCUUUUAUCUCUUCACCAUACACUCAACCUAGGAUGUGUUUCCGAGUAUGGUUCAAGCUGAGCUUUUGUGAGAGAGUCACGUUUUUUUUCCUUUUCCAUGUACAGGAUUUUUUAUUUUAUUAAUUUAUUAAGUUUUGUUGUUGCUCUACAGAACUUUUAAUUCAAGGUUCUUUGUUUAAUUGUCCUGAUCUGUGACCAUCAUCUAUAACGUAAUCUCAGCAUUUUCAGACACUUUGUAAAAUGUUAUUGCUGCCGUCUUUGCUCUUAGUGGCAGUCUCCAUUAGUUGUGCAGAGAGGGAUUAUUUUUACAAAGAAAAUUCAACUACAUGGGAAAAUGCUAGGUUUCAGUGUCAGGCCUGUUACAAAGACUUAACCACCAUCACCCCAACAAAUGCAGAGUUACUUUCUAUGAACCUUACCUCAGACUAUUGGAUUGGUCUGCGCAAAAAUGUAACAGGUUCAAAGUUUUGGUCUCGGUGGGCAAACGGUGAACCUGUUCUCUAUCAGAAUUGGUAUCCAGGCCAUCCUAUCCCAAUACCAAAGCCAGAGCCACCCCCCUGUUCAUGUCCAACACCACCGAUAAUUAACACAACAAAGACAGAGGCAAAGCAGUGUCCAGUCUUUACUGACCUCUGUGGCUGUCUAAAUUCAUUUAGGAACACCAAUGAUUCGGAAUGGGAAAACUCAACAAUGUCCAACCAAACUGUUAACAGUACAGUGACUGGAAUGAUGUUCUGUCCAUCCUUGGCGAAGCUCUGUGACUGUUUAAAUACAUCUAAGGCCAAAGAAACUUCCAUUUUAGCAUCCACAACGAUGUUUACCACAACAUAUUUUGUUCCAAGCACAACUCCUCCAAUGAUUGCAUCUACCAUCCUCCCUAUCAACGUAGAACCUAAAUAUAUUGAGGAUUCCUGUGUGACUCUGCUAAGCUUUGGCAUGUGGCAGGAAAAACAGUGCAAUGAAUCCCUGCCCUACAUCUGCUAUGAUGACCGAUUUUCAAGUGAUCUGAAAAUCUCCAACUUGACAAAAACAGAAGGUCUUUUGAGUUGGACGAAGGCAUCUGGAAAUAUUACACACUACAUUAUAGUGAUCAAUGGGAAGCUUAAAGUAAAUGUUACAAAUGAUUUAAAAUACCAGAUCAGUGGCAUGGAUCCAGGAACUUUCUACACAGUGCAGGUAAUCCCUGUGAAGUGUAACCGGGCCCUUAAUGAUCAGAGAAUCUCCUACUACACAUUGCCAGAGGAGAUCAGAAAUCUCACUAUAGUGAGUGUGGAAACAAACACGAUUACUCUCAUUUGGGACGUAUCAAAGGGCACUGCUGUACACUACUUGGUAAAUAUUCAGCCGGAUAAUUUAAAUAAAACUUCCUCUUCAGCGAAUUACUCUAUAACCAGUCUACGUCCAGGAAAAAUGUACAGUAUCACAAUUACAGCUGUGGUCAAUGAAACUGUUUUUGGAGACUCGGCCAAAACUACGGCUUGCACAAGGCCUUUAAAAGUGAUGAAUCUUACUUCUUCAAACGAUGAAAAUGAUACCAUCUUUGCCAGUUGGGUUUACCCUGACUCCAACAACAAUCUCAUCUAUAACAUUACUCUAGACAACAAAAAUCAUUUCGGACCUAAUCAAACCAUAACUCUGUCCAACCUCACAGCGGGUACUAUAUAUACAUUAACUGUGUCAGUAAGUGUGGCAGGAUGCAAUGAGAGCGGAGAAGUAGCUUCUAUCAGUGCCUAUACCAUACCAAUGUCAGUGAGCAACCUUGAACUGAGCAGUGGGAAUGACAGUAUUCGUGCAAGCUGGACCCUUUUAAAUGGAAAUUAUGCUUGGUUCAAAGUGACCAUCUCUAGUAACAUGAUUCUAAACUCUUCUGUUUCAAAGACUACAAACUAUCUGAAUUAUAAUUUCACCUCUCUGAAAGCAGCAGCUCUGUACACUGUUAGUGUUAUUAAUUAUGUGCAGAAAGACCUCAAACCAAGUCAUCCAGUUACUAAAUCAAUUUAUACCAGACUCAAUGCACCUGGUAAAGCCAGUGUACAAGGAUUAAACAAUUCGGCAUUAAAUAUAAGUUGGGAAGUACCAGCGAACUCACAAGAGGUUCAAAAUAUUACUUAUAGGGUGAAAUAUGUUUCUGAUUUUUGGGGAGAUAGUGGAACCCAAGACAUAAUUGGAGAAACCUCUGUUAUCAUUGGUGGACUGAAAUCUGGCACCAAGUACAGAUUUAAUGUUACAGUCUUUGCUGAUAAUUCGGAGAGUCUUCCAUCUCAAACCUAUGGAUUAACAGACGCAAAUAUUAGAACUCUGACCCUUACAAUGCUGUGCUCCUCUUCCACUCAACUUUACUGCAUGAACAACACCACUAUGCAAAAUGUCCUGGACCAGGUGAGUGAUAAAUAUAAAAAUGAACAGUAGAGAAGCUUAACAAAAUUAUUAUUACCAAAAGGCUGUAAGAAAAGAAUAAUUUUACCCCAAAAAUUAUCCCAAAUUCUACUGAUUCUUGUUGAGAACUGCUUACUUCGGCCCACUAACCUUUUUUUUAAAUGAUGAUGACGUCUUGUUGAGCAAUGAUGGCAAGAUUUGACUUAACCGUCAGCAAACCAGACACCAAAUAAACAGAAUUAACUUUUAAAAAUAUUGUUCCAUAUAAGUUUUUAUCUUCUUUUCAUAUUCUGUAUCAUAGAAUCCAGAUUCAGUUACUGGUUUUACAAUGAAAUAGCCAUGAGCUUGAUAACAAUGUGUAAAUAGCUGGAAUACUGUUGUAGUUUUCAGACACCUCAAUAAAAUGAAGUGCAGAUGUAAAAAUGAAGUGCUUAUGAAGGCAAUCAUUUAUCAUUUGAUACUUUCAGGUGAACUAUAAUGUUCAUUUGAGUGUAUGAAGCAUGCUGUUUUUUCCUUUUAAUACUUUUAUUUAUGAAUUGUG